AUGACGGUCAUGCAGAUUUGUUCCGCGACCGGCUGUGAUGUGAUAGGACUUCAGGAGACCCGACGAGCGGGGCAAGGUUCAAUUGCACACGACGGGUACGUGAUCAUUUGGAGUGGCGCCCGUGCUGGCACCAAGGACAAGAGGGGCGUACACGGUGUGGGCAUAGCGAUCAAGGAGACCAUGUGGGAGAGUGUGGGCGAGGAAGGUAGGACGGUGGAGUGCAUUAGCACGAGGCUGAUGAAGGCUCAAGACGAUGGCAGCCGACAUCAAAGAAGCACCAAAUUCUCGGGCGCCAGGACGCCCGCCGGCGCCGGGGACUCGGACUCCUCUGUCACCAGCGACAGCAGCGAUGACGAAUCUGUUUCGUCCGAAGAAGACGACGACGACGAUCGAAAUAUCAACGACAUGGACGCGAGCUCCAUGAGUUUCCGGUACGGGGCCAGCGGCCUCCGUGCCCGGUCUCUUGGCGAACGAAAAGAAGCCACCACAAAGAACAGCAAGGCCAAGGGCAGGCUUGCCAAGAAGCGUAACGACGCGGGUGAGAGUUCCGAAGGUGCUUCUUCUUCGUCGGAGGAAGAGGGGGAUGAUGAGGCAGGCCGCAUGUCGAGAAAAAUGGCCGACACGUACAUCACGGAGAGCAUGUCCGUCACCCCUGCGAGCUCCGUCGCCGUGGGGAGCCUCAUGGGCAGGAGCCUGGGUCAGGCCAUGUCCUCGUCGUUUGCCGACGAUGGUCUCGUGUGGGGGACGGGCGCCGGGGGCGCGGCCGGAACUCCCGACGAUGCGUUUUUCCACGAGAACGUGUCGCCAUGCCCGUCGCCCCCGUUGGCGGAGGCGGCUAUCAGCGGCCGCUCUAGACCGUUAGACAUCGGCGUGCCUUCAAAGAGGACUUUGUUUUGAAUGGCUUGUGGCGGCGAUGGGUGUCCCCUUGGAU